AUGCAACCUCUAAACCCCUACCUGGCCGCCUUCUUCAAGAGCUCCCUCCCUGCCCAGUGCACCCCGGUCCAUCACCAUAUUCUGCUGGUGCCCUCAACGGAUGUUCUCCUCUCCUACCGCGAGACCGAGAGCGGCACUGCCCCCGGGGAGGUCAUCGCAUCCGAGGACUUCCUCGCCAGCCAUGUGCUCAAGAUCCCCAGCCCGGCCGGUGUCGCGGGCGGCAAGGACGGCAACCAGAACCUGCGCGAGGUGAGGGGCAAGGCGAAACAAUUCUCUACCCUCAAUGGAAAGAGUGUUGUCAUUAAGGACUCGUUUGUCUACAGUAACAAAGGCUUUAAAACGCUUGCUCAAGCCCAGCUCCUCAACGAUACUACCUGGUACCCUGACGUCUUCGAACCACGACAAUGGCUUCUUUACUUUAUAUCGAGACCCCUGGUGGGUACCUGGGAGGAGGUCAAGAUCAUCCCCGCCAUCUUCGUCCCCGGUGUACGGAAGCGCAGGAUCGCCGAGCAGAAGCAAGGCCCGAAUGGCGAGUCCAACGAAAAUGCGGCCCCACGAAAAAAGGACAUCAAGAGCUUUCACGACUUGCUCAACAGUUUCCCGAUGAUCGCUCGGCAGAUGCAACCUGGCCUUGAGAAAUUGUUCCUUGAGUUUACCAAUAUCUUCCACAAACCACUCCCUCCGCCUCCAUCCGCCGCCCACAUCCCCGAUCCUGAACCAGAUGGACCCUUUACGAGUGCCAUGAAAAAAGCUCGGUCUAGCAACAUGCCGGCUAGGCCGGGAGAGGAUGGGGUUGGUAGGUUACCGGUGACGGAGAACUUCUAUGCCGAGGAUGACGAGGAUAUCAUGAGGGCCUCGCUCGAAACCGCCGUCACCGCCGCUAUCGAUUUAUUCCAGGGUGUGGACAAACAACAGCUGUCGUUGCUGGGUGCCACAACCGAUUUGACUGGACCUCUUGUCGAAAAACUGAUUGAGCGUUAUGUAACCGAGAAUGUUCACCACAUGCUCUUCCCGCGGCUCAACGCGCUCAAGCGACCAUACGAUCUGGAACUUGAAGCUAAGAUUAAGAAGAUGCAAUUUGUCGACAUUUCUCAACUGGGAAUUGCCAUUGAUGGCGGAUCCAAGGCCAAGCAUGAUCUUAUUAUCCAAUUGAGCUCGGCUGUGGAGGAGUUUAAGAGAAUUUCCGCGGCAACAUGCCCCCAGGUCAUGCUGGAUCUGCUGCUCUCCACCAUCAAGAUUGUCUCCCAGUUAACGGACACAUCCAAGUCACAGACGGUGCCUGCAGAUGCUUCUGCAGAAAAACCAAUCAUGACUGUUAACGCCGAUACCCUGGUCUCAUUCCUUCUCUACGUGGUUAUCCGAUCGCAGGUCAAGCAGCUUCAAGCCCGACUCAUCUAUGUCCGAAACUUUAUAUUCAUUGACGACGUCGACAGCGGUGAGUUGGGAUAUGCGCUGAGUACUUUUGAGGCUGUAUUGGCCUAUCUUGUGCUUGAUUCAGCUGGCCUGCGCCGUGCUAGUAGGAGGAACAAAGCGCUCUGGGAUGCGGCCAAGGGCGAGAGCCUUGAUGAUCUGAAGAAAAUCAUGGAGCCGGAUGCGAGUGCUGCGGACGAUGAGGAUGAUUUGUCAGAAUCGCCCACAUCUAGCCGGCGAGCGUCCAUGGCUAGGAAUCUGCCGAGUGGCACUUCGAGAAGGCCUUCGCUAGCAUUGACACUGUCUGAGCGAUUCUCUCACGGAUCAGGCCUGAGUCAUGUGUUCCCCUUCCAAACGAAUGGCAAUGCCGAGACGCCUGAUUUCCAUCUUCCUAUUCGAAGAAUUAAGAAGGUAGCAAUGGACACUCGGAGCCUCUCGGAAGGGUCUGAGAUCUCGUUUCACUCGCGCACUGGAAGUGUCGGGACUAUUGGCAGUGCUCUAGAAGGCGACAUCUCAGUUGAAAGGCUGUCCCAAACCAACAACUCCUUCGGAGAAUCGGUUCUCAUGAUGGCAGUUCAAGGAGAACGACUAGAAGCUCUGAAGUACCUCCUCUCGCUCUCAGAAUAUUUCCCUGCCCGCGUCAUUCUUGAUGAUAUGAACUGCGAAGACACAACCUUACUGAGUGCUGCUAUCCAGCUGGGCAACACGGAGCUUACGGAUACCAUUCUGGAAUUUGUUGUGUCCAACGCGACACUCGCGCAAUUGACGGAAUACCUGUCGCAUCAAGAUAUCUGGGGUCGCAGCGUUGGCCACUACCUUUUUCAUGCACCGAACUUGAUCAACAAAAUCGGCCGACUAGUGCCCUGGAGGCAACGGGACAAGAAUGGCCAGACCCCUCUAUUCGCCUUGUGUCGGUCGUAUGACCAUGGCCACUACUGCGAAAUGGUUGAGGCUGGUCUAAGUGCAGCUAUGGUAGCCCAGCACGAUGGACACGCUCUGCACCUUGACGAACAUAUUGACGCAAAGGGGAACACGCUACUACACAUCAUUAACGAUGCGAGCCUUGCGCUUAGGAUCCUGCAGUUCUGCGACGUGGAUGUGAAUGCAACAAACGAAAAGAGGUUCACGGCGUUGAUGGUGGCUAGCAAGUAUGGCAGAUACGACAUGGUGCGGUCACUCUUUGCAGACCCGCGUGUGGACGUGUCAGCCAAAGAGGUCCGGGGCCUUACGGCAGUUGAGCUGGCCAAGGACGAUGACGUGCGGAACAAGAUUGACGAUCUCGCUCUGUUCAGUAUGCCUCCUGGACGCGACGCCCGCAUCACUGGGGUGGUGAGGGCCUUCUUUGUGGAGGACGCGACGGUGCGAUUAGUCCUCAAGUCGGCAGCACCCACGGACCACGAUAGCUACACGGUUACGACUAGUCGACGAUCACUUUCCGACUUUGAGCACCUGCCCACCCUACUUGCGCUAGAGAACCCAGCAUCGUGGAUUCCCUCAAUGUCAGAUGUGCGAUCGCCGUUCCAGAUACCGUCGAAGCCAUCAAGGGCGAUCCUACGGGAUAUGCAGACCCGAGCCGACUGGUUCCUGAAGAUCAUGCUCAUGCACCCCACAUUUGCGACACACGAGAUGUUGUGGGAGUUCUUCCUGGUACCAGAGCUGCAGCUGGAAACGAUGGAGCAGCGGACGUUGCUCAAGGCUGAGACGCGGGUAGAGAAGGUGAGGGACGAAUACGAGCCAGUGGAAGAUGUAAGGGAGGUGGAGCAGUUUGUAAACCACGCCCGGGAGAUGAUUCGAAGUGUCAACUACUCGACCAAGAGCGCCGCGAGACGAUCCAAUAACCUGGGACUCGUAGUAGCAGACAUGUACGACUCGUCGGUUUUGCUGCACCGAGCAGUGUCCACGCUCCCCUUCCUCCCCCCACAACACGUGGAUGCGUUUGAGAUGUAUGUCAGGGCCAUCAUGCCAACACAGUCAAAUGCACAGGGGACCCUUCACGCUACAUUCCUAGCUCUCCAAUCAACGGUCCAGGCUCUGUUGGCCUCGUUGUCUCGGCCGCCCGCCAUCAUAUCACAAAUGAGAGCAGCAAAGCGAGAGGCGGACAGAAAUUAUAGCACCAUGAACCGGUCGAGAUGGCCACUAGGACUCUUGGAUGACACUCGGCAGCGACUCUACGACGAAAAGGAGGAACGUGCGCGCAAGUCGCGAGAAGAGGCAGCGAACCUGGCAAGAGAGCUGCGAUACACACAGCAGACGGUGGCAGGGGAACUAGCAGGGUGGCAGGACCUGCAUGAAAAAAUGGGCCGACGGGCGAUUCGAGAAUUCGCCCGGGGAAUGGUGGUUCAAGAACGGAUGAAACUAGAGGGUAUGUUGCGAAGCCUGAGAAAAGUGAGGGCAGGCAAUGAGGAGCGUGAGGUGGACUUGUCAGGCAACGGGGUCACACCGUCAGGUCCCUCUUCGCCCAGAAAACGCGGGAUGACAGAAGCUGAGCUGGCAGCAAUGGACGAGACGGCGGGCGGUGGCGAGGAUGGGUAA